GACACCGGCACUUCAUCUUCUUCAAAUCACUUCCAAACACUUUGCCUUUAGUUUCAGUUCGAAGCAGCAACUUCAUCUUCUUCAAUGGCAGAAUCAAUUAUUUAUGACAUCAUCACCAAAUUGAGCUCCCCUCUUGUGCAGCAACUUGGCUUGUGGUGGAAUUUCAAAGACGACCUUGAGGACCUCGAAAGCAUUGUGUCUGCAAUCAAAACUGUGCUUCUUGACGCCGAAGAGCGAUCUACAAGUAACAUUCCUGUCAAGCACUUCCUUGAAAAGCUGAAAGAUGCGCUUUAUGAUGCCGAUGACCUUUUGGAUGAUAUCCAUACUGAAGCUUUGAGGAAAGAUCUGCUGAGUGGGAACAAGCUGACGAAAGAGGUACGCGUUUUCUUUUCAAGCUCAAACCAGGUUGCUUAUGGUCUCAAAAUGGGAAGUAAAAUCAAGGCCAUUAAGGCCAGUUUAAGUACCAUUCAAAAUCAGACCAAGUUGUUAAAAUUAGUACCGCGUGAGUAUCCUAUGGAGACGCCUUUCAUGGCCAAAAGGAGGCAGCAGACGCACUCUUUUGUGCCUAAAGAUAAAAUAAUAGGGAGGGACGAUGAUAAAGCAGCUCUUCUGAAACUCUUGUUAGAGUUCGACAGUGAAGAGAAUGUUCAUAUCAUUCCAAUUGUGGGGUUCGGAGGGUUAGGCAAGACUGCAUUGGCACAGUUGGUCUAUAAUGAUGAAAUGGUUAAAAAGCACUUUGACUUGAGGAUGUGGGUAUGUGUCUCAGAUGUUUUUGAUGUGAAAACAAUAGUUGCAAACAUUAUUAAAUCUGUGACUAACCAUGCACCCGAUCAAAAUCUCGAAAUGGAUCAACUGCAGAAACAACUUCGAGGUGAAAUUAAUAGGAGUAAAUAUUUGCUUGUUUUGGAUGACAUUUGGAACGAGGACAGGGAACGAUGGGUUAGCUUAAAGAAUUUACUGAUAGGUGGGGAUAAAGGAAGUAGGAUAAUAAUAACUACUCGCUCUCACAAGGUAGCAAAGUUAACUAGUAAAUGCCAACCCCAUGUUCUUAAAGGCUUGUCUGAAGAUGAUUCUUGGUCGUUGUUCAAAGAUAUAGCAUUUGAGCAAAGAUCUGCAGACUUGACAAAUUCAGGCUUUGUGGAGAUAGGAAAGCAGAUUUCAGAAAUGUGUCGUGGAGUUCCUUUAGUCAUAAAGACUAUAGCUGGUACCUUAUCUUUUAUAGAAACCCAGAAUGAGUGGCUUUCUUUUAAAGAUAAUGAACUUGCUAGAAUAUCCCAAAAAGAUAAUGAAAUUCUAUCUACACUUAAGUUGAGUUAUGAUCGUCUCCCAUCUCAUUUGAAGAAUUGUUUUGCUUAUUGUAGAUUAUACCCAAAAGAUCAUAAAAUUGAUGUGAAAACACUUGUUCAAUUUUGGAUUGCACAAGGCUUUGUAAACCAAUCAACUUCGAGUCAACCACUAGAAGAUAUUGGGUUUGGGUAUUUUAAAGGUCUAGUUGAAAGAAAUCUUUUUCAAGAGGUAGAAGAAGAUGACUUCCGGGGAAUAGUAUGUAAAAUGCAUGAUUUUAUGAAUGAUCUAGCUGAAUCAGUAGCAGGUAGAGAAGGCAGUCUUUUAAAUUCAAAUUCAAGUACAAGUGAACUUGAUGAGAAUUGUCGUCACUUAUCUGUCGAUUUUUCAUUAAUUCCUUUGCAAAAGGGAAAGAAGUUGCGAACUUUGUUGAAAUUCUCGAACAAGAAAGUUGAAAAUAUGAGUGAUGCGAGUUGGAAUUGGAUAGUUUCAGAUUGUAGAUGCUUGCGUGUGUUGGAAUUGUGUGAUUUAAAUCUUUUUAGAAUUCCAGGCUUCAUUAAAAAGUUGAAACAUUUGAGGUACCUUGAUCUCUCUUGGAAUCCUAAUCUUUUUUUCAUCCCCAAGAGCAUUUGCAAGAUGCAAAAUCUGCAAGUGCUGAAAGUUGAGUUUUGUUACCGGCUUAAAAGAUUGCCAAAGAAGAUUGAAAAAUUGGUGAAUCUCACCCAUCUUUCGUGUGCUGGUUGUUGGGGGUUAACUCAUAUGCCUAGUGGAAUAGGGAAGCUGACUUUGCUUCAGACAUUAAGCAUGUUUGUUGUGGAUAAAGACGGUGCCCAUGGUGCAGCAGCAGCAGAUCUAAGUGAAUUGGGUGGCCUUAACAGCUUAAGGGGAGAGCUAAUAAUAAAAAAUUUGGGAUUCGUGAAAAAUGCAGGAGACAAGUUCAAAGCUGCAAAUUUGAAAGAGAAGCAACAUCUGCAAUCAUUGGUUUUAGAAUGGAGAGGUGAUAUCAAUGAUGAUGGCAAAGAAGAUGAUGAUGAUGAAGAGAAGUCACUAAAGGACCUCGAGCCCCAUCCUAAUCUGAAGAAGCUCCAUUUGAGAGGAUGGAGGGGCAAUGCCAAGUUUCCAAGUUGGUUUUCUUUGCUCACAAAUCUGGUGGAUAUUCGAAUAAAGGGUCCAAGCAAAUUUAAACAUCUCCCUUCCUUUGCUCGAUUGCCUCAUCUUCAACGGCUAAAGAUUUCCAAGUUGACUGAGCUGGAGUACAUGGAAGAUAAUGGCCCUAGUGGAGGACAUGCAGAUUCAGUAUCAUUCUUCCCGUCGCUUAAGCUUCUUCACCUCAAGGAAUGCCCAAAUAUGAAGAGUUGGUGGAGGAACAGCCCGAUCGAUGAUGAUAAGGAUGACGACAAGGAUAGAACAGCAUCAACCAUGGCAUUCCCUUGUCUUUCCAGUUUAUGCAUUAAAAAUUGCCCUUUGAGUUCAAUGCCUUUGUAUCCAUCAGUCGAGGAUGAGCUGAUCUUGGUGAAUACCAGUUCAAGGCCAUUAAAGCGUUCGACCUCUUUUGUUACGACGCCAUCAAGUUCAACCUCUUUUGUUCCUUUCUCCAAAUUGAAAUCGUUCGAAGCGGAGAAUAUCAAAGAACUGGACCACGACAUGCUAGAUGAGUGCCUGAAAAAUAUGACUUCCCUUAAAAGGUGGGGUAUUGGUUCUUGCAGUUGGCUCAAGUCAUUAUCUGGGUUGUUGCAACAGAUGACCGGUCUCACAAGUUUAAAGAUAAAAGAUUGCAAGGAGCUUGAUAUAGAGGGCAUGCAGUGGGAACCCCUUAAGAAUCUCUCUGGUUUGGAGAUCGAUAAUAUUCCGCAGCUCGUGUCUCUCCCCCUUUGGCUUCAACAUCUGGAUCAACUGAAAACAUUAGAAAUCGAGAAUUGCAAUGGAUUGAGGUCACUCUUUCCUGGCUUCCAACAUCUCACUUCCCUCGAAAAGCUUCGAAUAAUCGACUGCACGGAGCUGGAGUUUUCUGCAGAUGGCAUUCAAAAAUUCGAAGAUUAUACGAGCCUACGCCAUAUACGCCUGGAAAAUAUUCCAAAGUGUCAGCAUCUUCCGGAGUGGCUUCAACAUGUGACAAAUUUGAAAGAGCUUUAUCUCAUAUUUUUGCCCGGUUUAACAUCGUUUCCGGAUGACCUGCGUUGCCUAACCAGUUUGGAACAGCUACAUAUGAUACACAUUUCCAAGUUGCCCGAUUGGCAUCAGAUCGCUCACAUUCCUCGCAUUUGGGUGGAUUGUGUUCAGGUGCAAUAGCUUCCGAAGCGCAUUCGAGUACUUCAGGAAUUUAUAUGCAGAAAAAGAGGAGCAUGAGCUCAAUGGAAGACAUACAUUCUUCAAGACUUGAUCCAUUCCUCAGCAGAGGACAUCAAGAUUUCCGAAAGAGGGGAUAUACGAGGAAGGCCUUCGAAUUGUCCAUGUUUGAUGUUCAGGGGAAGAAGUGCUAAGAGAGAAUAUAUGCAUUUUCAUGACUAGGGACAUUAUUAUGUAUGCAAUAUGCAGAUUGUUCAUACUAGGUGUGCAAAACUGAGCCUGCAACAAUUAUGAGAUCGGUUGGGCUUUUAUCAUUCUUUGUACUAUGAUCUUAAUAGUGGAAUUUUCUCUGGGCAAGGCCCCGCAGAUGUAGGUGUGACACCGAACUGCGUAACCAAUGUGUUUGUGUUCUUGCGCAUUUUGUGCUUGUUACAGCAACUAAAAGGAUAACUAUCAACCAGUCAUGCACUUUCAACAAGUGUUUCUAUAUUUUGAUCCGGCUCUAUCUCAUAAGGAUAAUCUCUUAGCAGCUUGAAACUGUGCCAAAUCUUCCAAAGUGAAGUCCUCAGCUGGCAACUUGCCUGCACCAUUGCACCAAUAGUUCCCACUUGCCACGAUUAAGGAUACCAUGAAUUCACCAAACUUUGAUGAAAACCUAUAUUUUCCCUUGAGUCCACUAAUGACCUUUCCUUUGUCACCUCUAUUGGACCCUCACCUUGAACCAAAUGCAACAUCCAUCAAUGGUGGCUCAGAUGAUCUGUGCAUCAAUGGUGAUGAAAUUAGCUUUGGUUUUCUUAGUAAUGAUGCACAAAUGAACUGAAUCGAGGAUCCCGCAUCGAUCAAUCCGAAUCCAAUCGAGACCCCUUAUAAUGUGACU